CGUUGAUUGUUUUGAAUCCUGUUUUCAAUCUUUAAAUUGAAUUUCGUUUGCGUUUUGAAAGUGUUUUACAAAACAUUUUCAUUCAAAACUAAUCUUACAUUUGAUUCAACACUUAUUGACAUGUCUUCGACUGGGAGUGCGGGCGCCGGCAGUGGGACGGGAGGUGUGGAGCGAUCUUCGGGAGGGACGGCUUCGGGCGGACCUCAGGAGAAGAAGAAGAAGGAGAGUAUCGUUGAUUUGGGCAAAUACUUAGACAAAGCCAUUCGCGUCAAGUUUCAGGGCGGACGGGAAGCGAGUGGUAUUCUUAAAGGAUUUGAUCCCUUACUGAAUCUGGUUUUGGAUAAUACUAUUGAACUAUUGAGGGAUCCGGACGAUCCCUAUAAGCUGACGGACGACACCAGAACUCUGGGUCUUGUGGUCUGCAGAGGAACUGCUGUUGUGGUCAUCUGUCCGGUCGAUGGCAUGGAAUCCAUUCCCAAUCCAUUCAUUCAACACGAAUAGAGUUCUUAUAAAUUUCUAAUCAUUUCAUACAAUAAUUGUGUCAUUGUUUUAAUUUUUAAUAAAAAUUCAAAUCAAUAUUACCGUAA